GAAGACUUGAUCAUACUUUGACUAGGUAGUAGAGCGACGUGACUUCUACUUAGUUUCUAACCCUUGUUUUUACUAGAUGAAUAAGCAGGACGGAGUUUUCCACUUGCUCCGAUCAUGAUUUUUUCUUUGGUUCGCUUUUUUUGUUCGUUCUUGAAUAACGCUGAGUAAGAAAAUACCUGGGCUACACGAUCCUUGGUGUCUCAGUAUAUGUGCUAAUCGAAAGAGCAAAAUGGCGAAAUCACGUGCAGUAAAGGCUGGCGCUACGCAAGCGCCAAUGGCAGACACGAACGAGGCUGGUACAGCGGCACUCGCGGUGCGCAAAAAAAUGAAGAAGAAAAUGAGUAAAAAGACAAAAGCCUCUAACGGAAAGAAAGACGUAGCGACAGAAGGAGAGACAGCCGCGGCACAGUCAGCAGUCGAAAAGAUUGUCGGAUCCGAGGCGGAGGAAAUUUUCUCAGAACAAAAGGAGGAGGCGAUGAAUGAUGAUGGCCAACAAGCUGUUGAAGCAGUUGCAGCUUCGAGCUCAACGUCUGUUGAGGUGCCAACGACUCUCACUCAGACUAUCGCAUUUUCGGAGGAAAGGAAUCCUGAAAGAAGGGUAGACCUAAACUCUACUAAGAAGCUUAAUGUGAAUGCUGCCAGCCUCGACACCAAAGCUCCUUUACAUGCGAUCGAGUUCGGAAUCGUGCCGAAUGCACAAGGGAGUGUAUUGUUCGGCUCUUCGAGGUGGAACGGGCCUCGGUUCAUUGCAGCGGUGUACGGACCAGGGCACUUGACCAAGAAUGAGCUUCCAGAUGGUCUAAGGCUUGAGGUGCAGUUGAACGCGCCACAAGCGUGUGGCCAGGCGACGCGACUCCGCGAGCACUUGUUAAAGCGGUACUUUCUCUCCUCCCCGACAUCUUCCUCAACGACGUCUUCCACGGGAAAUAUCAUCAACUCCGCUCCUGCGCUCCUACGCAGAACACAGGGACCAAUCAUUCUCACAGAGGAGUACCCGCGACAAUUGGUACGGCUUUUCAUCUAUCCAUGCCACGGACCAGAAGCUUCAACUAGUGCGCAUGUCCUCGCACCUCUCGUUGAAGAGACAGCGACGCUUUUGAACGCAGCGACGUGCGCCAUGCUGCAUGCUGGAAUUGCCAUGCGCACCACGCCGAUUGCAGUUGGCGCGCAAAGUCCCAGUGGAACUCUCUACACCGUAGAUGCUACGUCAACACCAGGCUGCAUGCAAGACGGAAAGCCUUCGACGGUGGGCAGUGUAAUCAUAGCUGAAGAAGACAUCGUGCCGACUCCGUCUGGCAGUGCUGUCAAUGCGAGAGAGAAAAAUAGGGACCAGGCGCAAGAGGAGAAACAGAGAAAAAGGGCGGUGGUGAAAAAUGCGCAACAGGUCCUUGAUGAAAUCAGAUUAGCACUGGCACAACACGUGGAAAAACGAAUCUAGAGCAAUUUUCUGUGCAUUGAUAUUGAUGACCCCUAAAAUCAGCAUGCUAACAUGCUCUAAUCAUAUUAGUUACAAUCCUCUGAUAUUCGCCUUGUCCUCGACAAUUAGAUCAUCGUCUACUCGAAAGAAAAGAAGAC